CAGGAGAGCAGCAGAGGUCUGGGGGCUGCUGGCAGACCGCUCUCGCUCUCGCUCUCGCUGUGAACUGACUCCUCUCGCUCCCCUACCCGAGGCCCCACCCCUGCCACUGCAGCCAUGGCGGAGCAGUACAACGCGUCCGACAGGAAGAUCUACAGGGACAGCAAAAUCAAAGAGAUCGACCUGAUCAACCGGGACCCCAAGCUGAUCAAUGAGGAUGUGGUGAAGGUAGACUUUGAGGAUGUGAUCGCCGAGCCGGACGGCACCCACAGCCUGGACGGGGUGUGGAAGGCCAGCUACACCACCUUCACCGUGUCCAAGUACUGGUGCUACCGCAUACUGUCGGCCAUCUUCGGCAUCCCCGUGUCCCUGCUGUGGGGCUUCCUGUUCGCCUGCAUCUCCUUCUGCCACAUCUGGGCCGUCAUGCCCUGCAUCAAGUGCUGCCUGAUCGAGAACCAGUGCCUGAGCCGCAUGUACUCCAUCUGCGUCCACACCUUCUGCGACCCCCUCUUCGAAGCGCUGGGAAAGGUCUUCAGCACCAUUCGGGUGGCUCUGCGCAAGGAAGUUUAGAUUGGCUUUCUUUUUUUCUUGCGGGGAGGGGGGGGGGGGCAUUCUGACAACUGGUGCCACUGCCUACACUACUUCCCUGCCUGAGCCCCUCUUUAUCCUGUCAAAGUGUGUGUCUGCUCUGAAAGGCUGGUCACUUCUUCAGCUUGAGUGUGAUCGCUUUUACGCAGUGCACUGAAAGAUUAUGCUUUGCCGCCAGGUUCGCAGUGGUGGGCAGGUCCCCACUAGCUUCAUAUUACACAACUAAGACAUUGCUUAUUGUGUUGAUCCUUGAUGUGUUAAUGUGUUCAUUAAUUAUUUAUUCAGUAACCAUAGGGUUGUUCUGCCAUGUUAGACAAAAAAUGCUUUUAAAAAUAAGCCAAUGUAAAUGACUCUACAUUACCUAAAUGGAUAUGACUCCGCUUGGCCAUGCUGGUCAAAGCUGAAAUCAGAAUUUGCAUUUAGUAUGUGAAAACAAAGAUAAAGUGAUUAGUUGAAAUAUGA